UCUACGUUGGCGUUAUGUCAUUGGUGUAACCAGUACAAAGAAAUGGUUAAAAAAGGGCGUGAGCGGUGGUUUACGCAUCCAAUCGCGUGUCCCAUGCAAAUAUCGUUUAAAAAUUCCCCGGGAAAUCUGAGUUUCGCGGGAGGGCCCUUCGCGCGUAAACUGCAUCCCCUCAUUCAUUGUCAGCUUCCUGGAGCCAUUUUUCAGUUUGGUGGCAGAGCGCUUCGCGUCUUCCUCAAAAUCCAAAGCAUCUACCGUCCGCCCGCCACCAAUAUAACCUAAAUCCCGGUCAGAUGGACAGCUGAGACUUUGAUCUCACGCUCGCCGUGCAUAUUUGUGAAAUAAACGCGGCGGAUUACCAGAAAAACGAGUUUAAACAGAAGGAGGGACAAAGGACACCCGAGUCCACAACGAUGAGAAGAGGCGUCCCAUCAGCCCCAGAAAAAGUCAUAAUAGCAGGGCUUGGUGGCUCCUCGCUGGAAAAAAAUGCAGUUUUAACAGCACUGUCCGAUCGCUUUACAUCUACUCUGUCCACUGCCACAUAUACGAUUAUAACUCCGCCGCCGUGCAUUUCACAGACCACCAAUGUCUGCCUGUCCGACCCUCCAACGGCCAGUUUAUACAGCACUCCAAACGGGAUACAUGGAACCGGACAGCGACCCACGUUAGGACGACCACCGGCAAAAAGGCGUUUGGCACUAGAUGACACGGAUCACCUUUACAUAUCAGAAGGAGCCAAAACGCCAAAGACCCAAACAGGAAUUCCACUCUGUAUUAUAAAGGGAAAUAAAACUCCGAAGUCUCCAUCAGAGAAGACGCGGUACGAUACCUCAUUGGGUUUAUUGACAAAGAAGUUUGUGCAGCUUCUGGCACAGUCAUCGGACGGCGUGGUGGACCUAAACCAGGCCUCCGAGGUCCUCAAAGUCCAGAAGAGGCGCCUCUAUGACAUCACCAAUGUUCUCGAGGGGAUUCACCUUAUUAAAAAGAAAUCGAAAAACAACAUUCAAUGGAUGGGCUGCAGUCUGUCUGAGGUGGGUGGUGUUUUAUGUGAGAGACAGACCCUGAGCAGUGAGAUAACGCAGCUUGUCGAGGAGGAGCGCAAACUCGACGAGUUGAUCCAGAGCUGCACCCAGGAAGUCAAGCGGAUGACUGACUCAUCGCACAAUCAAAAGUUUGCAUAUGUGACGUAUCAAGACCUGCGCAGGGACCGCAAACUGAGAGAUCAAACGGUUAUUGUGGUCAAAGCGCCGUCAGAAACCAAAUUAGAGGUGCCGGACCCUCAAGAGGGUCUACAGGUGCACCUGACCAGCACUAAGGCUCCUAUAGAAGUCUUCCUGUGUCCAGAUGAGAAUGCAACUGACAGCCCUGUGAAAAACGGCCACUCUGUUGUCAAGGGCAACACAUCACCUUUCAUGAAAGUAUUAGACGAUGCUUCUUCCAGUCGUUCUGGUCCAGCCGUUACUGUUACCAAUCUGUCCCCCAUUACAUCCCCGUACACUAGUCUCCUUCAGCAAACAGAGGAUCAGAUCCCCACCAAUGAAGCGCCCUUCAUCACUCUGGGCUCACCUCCGUUCAGUGACGAUUAUCUGAUGAGCCUUGAGGAAGAAGAGGGAAUCACAGACCUCUUCGACGACCUGGACAGGCUUCCUAAUAUAGAUGAUCUCUUGUGAUGAUCUCUUCAAGGAUGUUCCUUCCUGUGUUCGUCAAUCUGGACUCAGGUCUGACCAGAUCUAACAUCUCUUUCGUUCAGUUGAUCCAAGUUGUCAGCAGCAGCAGGAGAUCUCUGGUCUCCGGAGCUGUUGGUUUCAGCCAGUGGUUUUCUCUUCGUGGUAUCUGACCGUAAGCAGAUAGUGACCUGCUAUCUGCACUCCAGUUGUUCGUCACCACACCGCUUUGCUGCUCUUCACUUUGUUGCGUUAACAACGUCCGCUGAUGCUGGAAAACGCUAGCUAUUAUUAAGUAUCUUUGUGGCUUUGACUCUUUGGAUGGCUUACAGAUCUAGCAGGCCAUGACAGUUCUUGGAUCUGGAUUUCUCUCCUUAAGUCUGUUCACUUGAGAUAUGCAUCACAGAGCCUCAAAUCAAAUGAACACUCCCUCUUCCCACCUCUGAUCAUCAGAGGCCUCAUGGACUUCAUGGAGUAUGAUCAUUUACUGCUAUCUUGGGAGUGUUCAUAAAUGUUUACCAUGGGUAAGGUAAAUGGAACAAAGCUAUUAAGUUUAAAAUCCGGAGUCUCCAUGGUUCCUGCAGAGAUUGACAUUUAUCUGCUUGAAGUUGAAACUUUGACAAUGGCCUCAAAGUUAUGUACUGGAAAAUAGGUACAGAAGACACUUAAUGUAGGAAGAUUUAUUCCAAAAGUAACCCUUGUGAGACUCACAAAUGUUUCGCCAGUAAUCGUAAAAUACUAUAUUUUUGAUUUGCAUAUGAAAGGAAAUAAUUGGUUAUCAAUACGAUUUUCAGCGUAAUGAUUUGUUCACCCUGCCCGAAUAUUCUUAUUACUGCAAUGUAAAAAAACGAUCAUACUGCAAAGAAAAUCAUUCUGUCUGAAAAAGGUAAAAAACUAAUUUUGUAUAAAAUUAAAUUCAGUACAUAAAAUACAACAAUUAAAUAUACUAAUCGUUUACAAAUAUUCUUUAAUAUAAGAUGUUUUUGUGUUGCAGUUAUGGGAGUCCUAAUAUUCUCUUUCAAAAUGUGCCUGAAGGUCCAAAAAUAAAUAUUCUGUAAUUUACUUGCCUUCUAGUUGUUCCAAAUCUUUAUAAACUUCUUUGUUUUGAUGAACACAGAGAAAGAUAUUUGGAAGAAUGUUUGUAACAAAACAGUUCUUGUACCCAGUUGACUACAAUUGUAGGAAAAAUGACUUUUAGGUUUUCUUCGGUAGAUGAUAUUUAGAGGAAUGUAGGACAGCUUUUGUAUUUUUGUCCUACUAUGGUAGUCAAUGGUUGCCAAGAACUGUCCAAAUAUCUUUGCUGUGUUGAAUCAUAAAAAGUUUAUACAGGUUUGGAACAACUAGAGAGUAAUUCAGAACAAAUAAAUUUGGGGUUAACUGUCUCUUUUUUUUUAUUGACGCUCUCUGCAUGCAAAUGAUUUUCUUGACCUUUUGAGGCAGAAUAUGGAUCACCGUGGAAGUGCUUGUGAGGUUCACAUGCUGAAGGUCAUUGAUGGUUCAUAUCAUGCUGAUCAGUUUCUGUCAAUGUUUAAAGUGAUGAGCGCAGGAAGGAUCCAUAGUACCGAUUUCCCCACAAUUCUCAGCAUGAUGACUCCAUAAGAACAGAUUUACAUUUCUGUCUUUAGUGAAGGGAAUAAAGUUGACAUUUGGUUAGUGACCUGUAAACAACUGCCCACCUCGAAAACCUGCAGAUUAUUGUCACAUCAGUGGGUAUGUUACUAUACACCUAGCUGUCUUGUUUCGUCACAAAAGUUUUGGAACACGGUUGUUUUUUUUCCAAGACAGGUGCCUUUUGUAAGAAGCCAUUUGUAAAUGAUGUGUGGUACACUUAUUAAAUUCAAUAUAAUUUGAUAAGGUAAGUCACUAGGUACUAUCUACCUCUUAACCUUUUUAAGAUAUAUAAUUUACAGUGAUGUUUUAUGAUUGAAAUGUUUUAUUCAUUUGCCUCCCCUGAGUCCUUUUAACCCAGCUAAUGGACACACUAAAUGUGUCCCUUGUCAUGCACAUUGUUGGAUUUCCUCUUCUUUAGCAUAGCUUGGGUCCCUUAGGUGUCCUAAAAUUAAUUGUUUUAAAUGGACUUCUAGUUUACUGUGUUUUGUUCAUUUCACUGUGCUACUUUGACAUUGUUCUUGAUUUCUUAUCCAGUUGAGCAGCCAGUGUUACUUGCAGCAGUAUGUGCUGGGUUUUGCACCUGCUCUUAUGCAUUUGGAAAUCAAAUGUUAAGGUUUCUUUGAAACAAUUGUAGAAACUCCAGCAUGAGAUAAAUUUGACUUUAGUCAGUCCAUGAGUUCAACUUUUAGUUGAAGCCCCACCAAUAUAAAGGUAAUUUAUCCUUCUGUCUUGCACAAACUCCAGAAUUUAAGAAAUAUAUAAUUGUAAAUAUCCAGAAGUGAUGGUGCAGCUUUUCAAUAUUUAUUUAACAAGUAAAUUUAACAUUGAUUUUACGUAUUUAAUUUACUCAAAUUUAAGCUGUACUCUGUUUUGAUACCAAGUGCAGUUUCUUUACAUGUUGUGCUGUGUUAUCCCCUUUUCAAAUCUUUUAUGGCAUGUUCUGAUAUCUCAUGUUUGUUAUUGCUGUUCUUAUAAUAAGGGAUGAGACGAUUGUUUAUGCUUCACUCCGUUAAAAAUAAGGAUCACUAUUCUGUUCUCCAUCUGUUUUCUAUACAAGCAUGAAUGUAAUUGCUGUGUGGAAAGUGUACAUUGGUUUUUCUUUCUAUCUUGUAUUUGGUAGAGUUAGCUUUGUAUAUGAAAGUUUGUUUAUUGCUUUGAUAUAAAUUGUACAUGAAUGUGUAAACAGGAUCCUUUUAAUGGAAAACUCUUGGUGGUAAUUUGUCCGUAAAUCUGAUGGCUUGGAAAUGUUGAAGAACAUUGUAAAAUUAAAGCAAU